ACCCGCGAAGGCUCCUUCCUCCUGCCGUUCGUCGUCCACGCCGGGCAGCCUCCGUCCUGCUGCAGGGAUGGCGAGCACGGCGGGCGCGCUGCUCCUGCUCCUGGCCGCCGGCUCGAGCGCUGCCGUGUGGCCUCAGCCGCAGUGGCUCCGCCAGGACCCCUCCAGCCUCUGCCGGCUCAGCUCCCGGCAGUUCCGAUUCGCCUAUGCCAACGACUCGGCGGUGAAGCCGGGCUGCGAUGUGCUGGACGGGGCGUUCCGACGUUACUGGCAGCUGCUUUUCCCGCUCGGGCUCCAGGAGGGAGCAAGGAGCAACGGCAAGGAUCUGUGUCCUAACCUUCUCAUCUCCGUGACCGAAGCAGGAUGCAGCGGCUAUCCUACCCUUGGAUCUCCGGAGAACUAUAAACUCAGUGUCUCGGUGGAUCUGAUGCUACUUACAGCCACCAAUAUCUGGGGUGCCCUCAGAGGACUGGAGACCUUCAGCCAGCUUCCCUGGAGGGACGAAGAUGGAACAUUCUACCUCAACAAGACAGAUGUGGUUGAUUUCCCUCGCUUCCCGCACCGAGGUCUGCUCCUUGACACCUCUCGCCAUUUCCUGCCUUUGAGAAUCAUCCUGGAGACCCUGGACGUCAUGGCGUACAACAAAUUUAACGUCUUCCACUGGCACAUCGUGGACGACCAAUCGUUUCCGUUCCAAAGCAUGGUGUUCCCGGAUCUCAGUUCGAAGGGCUCCUAUAACUCGGCCACUCACGUAUACGCUGCUGCUGAUGUGAAUAUGGUGAUUGAAUACGCCCGGUUGCGUGGAAUUCGAGUGAUUCCAGAAUUUGACACCCCUGGACACACUCGCUCUUGGGGGCCAGGUGUCCCAGGCUUAUUGACUCCAUGUUACGUGUCCACAAAACCCAGCGGGACCUACGGGCCAGUCAACCCCAUCCUCAACUCCACUUACCAAUUCAUGGCUUCGUUUUUUGCUGAAGUUAGCGCCAUCUUCCCAGAUUUCUACCUUCACCUGGGAGGAGAUGAGGUGGACUUCACUUGCUGGAAGUCUAACCCAGACAUCCGAGCAUUCAUGGAGAAGAUGCAGUUUGGCGAAGAUUACUCCAAGUUAGAAUCCUUCUACAUUCAAAGGCUGUUGGAUAUCGUCGCAUCUUACAAGAAAGGUUACAUGGUGUGGCAGGAAGUAUUCGAUAAUGGUGUGAAGGUGAAUCCUAAUACAGUAAUACAUGUGUGGAAAGGGUCACCCAUCACCUUUCAAGAGGAGAUGUCCCGUGUCACAGAGGCUGGUUUCCGGACCCUGCUGUCCUCCCCUUGGUACUUGAACAUCAUCUCCUAUGGGCAGGAUUGGUUGACAGCAUAUAAGGUGGAACCCCUGGACUUCAAAGGCACCGCAGAACAGAAAAAACUGGUUAUUGGGGGGGAAGCCUGCAUGUGGGGUGAAUACGUGGAUGCAACCAAUUUAACCCCCAGGCUGUGGCCCAGAGCUGGGGCUGUUGCUGAGCGUUUGUGGAGCAACAAGACAGUUCGAAACCGGGAAGAUGCUUACGCCCGCUUGUCAGAUUUCCGCUGCAAGUUGCUCAGGCGAGGUAUUCAGGCCGAACCCCUUUAUACAGGAUUUUGUGAAUUUGACACAGUUUGAUUUUACAAUCACCUCCUCCUCCCUCCCUCCCUCACCGCAAAUAUCUGUACUGUUUUAAUAUGUGCAGGGAGAAUCUUGUUUUUUUUUUAAAAAAAAAACCCAAAUAUUUCAAUAAAUCAGUUCCCUAUUA